ACCCGAAGCUGACUUCCUGGAGGCUAUCUGCUGGUUCCCCAUGGUGUUCUACACUGUGGGCUCCAUCGACAAUUUGGACAGCUUGCUGCGCUGUGGGGUGACCUUCGCAGACACCAUGGUGGUGGUGGACAAGGAGAGCUCCAUGAUCGCCGAGGAGGACUACAUGGCCGACGCUAAGACCAUCGUCAACGUGCAGACCCUCUUCAGGCUGUUCCCAGCUCUGAGCAUCAUCACCGAGCUCACCCACCAGCCAACAUGCGCUUCAUGCAGUUUAAAGUGAAGGACCACUACUCCCUGGCCCUGUCCAAGCUGGAGAAGAAGGAGAGAGAAAAGGGAUCCAACCUGGUGUUCAUGUUCCGGCUGCCCUUCGCAGCAGGGAAGGUUUUCAGCGUCAGCAUGCUGGACACUCUGCUCUACCAGUCUUUUGUGAAGGACUACAUGAUCUCCAUCACCAGACUGCUACUGGGCCUUGACUCCAUGCCUGGCUCAGGCUUCCUCUGUGCUAUGAAGAUCUCGGAGGACGACCUGUGGAUCCGCACGUACGGCCGGCUGUACCAGAAGCUGUGUUCGUCCACAGGGGACAUCCCCAUAGGGAUAUACCGCACAGAGGCACAGAAGCUCCCCGUCUCGGAGUCCCAGGUCUCCAUCACGGUGGAGGACUACGAGGACACGCGGGAGCCCCGAGAGCCCCUGCUGUCCCGGUCGGGCCCCCACCGCAACUCCACCUCCUCGGAGCCCGUCUCCUCGGCCCACUCCUCGGACCACCCGCUCCUCCGGAGGAAGAGCAUGCAGUGGGCGCGCCGGCUGAGCCGGAAGGGGGGCCGGGGGCCCGGCGGGGCCAAGGGCGGGGGCCCCGGCAGCGCGGCCGAGCGGAUCAGCCAGCAGAGGCUCACUCUGUUCAGGCGCUCCGAGAGGCAGGAGCUCAACGCCCUGGUGAGGACCCGCAUGAAGCACCUGGGCCUCUCGCCGACCGGCUUCAAUGGCAUGACGGACCAAGGGAACAGACUGUCCUACAUCCUCAUCAACCCCUCCCCUGACGCCAGGCUAGAGCUGCACGACGUGGUGUACCUGAUCAGACCGGACCCCCUGUCCCUCGUACCCAAUCAGGGGAACAGCAGGAAGUGCAACGCGGGGCGCAGCGACAGCCACAGGUUCGACACACACGACAGCACUCACCUGUGAGCGAGGAGGAGGAGAGCCGGCGAGAGAGCGAGAGAGGAAGACACAGAGAGAGAGAGAGAGCGAGAGAGAGAGAGUGAGAGAGAGAGAGAGAGAGAGAGAGAGAGAGAGAGAGACAUUCUCCUCGUUGUUCCUGGAGAACUCAGGAGGAGCUGCAUCUGCAUGGAACUUUUGGAUUUGUAUUUAUUUAUUUAUUAUCUCCAAACCAGGAUGCACCAGGAUAUUUAUUUUUCUGGGGGGUUCAUGCACUUUUUUUAUGUUCAAAGGGGAAAAGCUGGGACACAGAAGGGCUUCUCGCUGAACAUGUAUUUAUUUACAUCUGUGCAAAUUUGCAUGUGUUGUACCGCAUCGUGGGCGUGGGUGGAGUCUGUGCGUCUGACAAGCAUGUUUGUGUGUGUGUGUGUGUGUGUGUGUGUGUGUGUGUGUGUGUGUGUGUGUGUGUGUGUGUGUGUGUGUGUGUGUGUGUGUAUGUGUGUGUGUGUGUGUGUGUGUGUGUGUGUGUGUGUGUGUGCGUGCGUCAGAGUGAAUGUCAAUGUGCGUGUGAGUUCCUUUAUAAAGGGAAGCUCAACACUGCCAAUCCUCUCUGGACAGCUAUCCCUACACGAAUGCUAUGUGGGGCAAAUGAGAGACGUAUUAUUUGUCUUUCUUGUUAAUGUUGUUACAUGAUGUGUUUAAAAAAAUUUCCUUUACUGUGCAAAUCGUGUAGACCUAUUUGUUUUAUUUAUUCAGCCUUUUCUUCCUAGCGUUUUUACAUGCUGCCUCGAGCAGUAAUACCACUAAGGUUAAUCGAAUCACUCGAGACGGUUAGGCAUUUCAAAGAGUAGCAGUCAUAGCAACUGUCAAAACAUGGCCGCUAGCAGCUAGCAUAGUUAGCCAUCGUGAACACUGACCUUACCUGACCGACGCCGGUCAGCUCAAUAAAAAAAAAGCCUCUUUGAAUAAGAAGCGUAUUGAUCUUUGUUUGCCUGUUCCUCCAGAACCCCCCCUAGUGUUUUGUGCGUACCGUCUCAAUGCCAGCUUAUCCUUAACUCACCAGCUGUCCUGUAGUCGCCCUGCAUGUUGGGGAGAAUGUACACACAUGUACGUGUGUAGACCUUAAAGGAGUCGCCAGCCUGUUUGGCGGGGUGUAGCGGAGGAAUGUCGCGGCCCUCACGGGGUGGAGGUACCUGCAAAAAACUGGCUUCCUUCCCUACCCCAACUCCCACCAGUACCAUUGCUGCUGCUGCUGUAUUUACGCCAUUUCCAAUGAGAUGAAAAUAUUGUACAUAUUAAAAAUCUACCGACACAGCCCUGUUAA